AUGAUUAAGGUUGUGUCCGACUCUAUCGAGGAAACUAAAGCAAUAUCAAGUAUUGAGAAGACAGAAUGUGAAGUACAGGAUGAAUAUAUUGAACCUAAUUAUUUUGAAACUCAAGAAUGGGAAUUAGAGUGCACAGUUGAUGUUUGGAAAAAACUGAACUGUCGGAGAACACCACGUUCUUUCAAAAUAGAUAUUAUUCAAAGGCUUAAAAAACUUGCUCGCGGGGAGCUCCUUGGUAGUAUUUGCGAGAAAAUAAAAUUGCAGACUAUAGAUAAAUCAAUAGAGGUAUUCGAAACUGGUCCAAUAUUAUGGGAAAUAGCAAUUUGUUUUUCUCAGAGACUAACUGAAAGUAGUUCUACGUUAAACAACGUCUUGUAUACCGAGUUGAUUAGAAUAUGGGAUAUAUUCACUGAUGAGAAGGGAAAAAGGGAAUCCCUUGAGAAAAUUACAAUCUCUUGUCGAAAAGGCGAAGAAUGUUUAAUCGAGAAAUACUUAACUUGUUCUGAAACUCUUGAUUGUAAAUAUGACAAAGGCAGGAGGAUCCCUCGAAGAUUUAUUCGAUAUAGCUCACAGGAAUCAAAACCAAAUACUACAAAAGAGAAAUUAUUGCUACCAGCAAGUCAUUUUGCCAAAGAAUAUCAUGUUCUAAAGUUCUAUUUCUUUUCGACCGACAUGGCUGUUUGUGCUCUGGACCCUAGGGAAUAUGCAAAAGAUUUCCCAUUCAAAGUUACAGAGAAAGAACAUGUAAUAAUAAAUUUGUCUUCAGCUGGUCCGCUAUUAUUGAUGGGUAGAAGUGGCACAGGGAAAACGACCUGUUGUCUGUAUCGUCUUUGGAGUCAAUAUGAUCAACAUAACAAAACUGUUAUCGAAUAUGAGGAAAAUCAAGCUGAUGAGGAAGAUGAUAGCAAGCAGAUUGCCAGUACUGCUCAAAUGUGUGAGAAAGAUCUGGAAAAUGACGUUCGGAAUCCUGUUGAAUAUGGUCAUAUUCGACAGAUAUUUAUUUCUAAAAAUCUUGUACUUUGCAACGAAGUCCGGAAAACCUUUUAUGGAAUCCAAAAUGCCAGUUCUUUUGAAUCUGGUCGCACUACAAGGGUUGGUAUUGCCUUACCGUCAAGAUUUCAAGACCUCCAGAAUGUUCACUUUCCCAUCUUUACAACAUCCAGAAAGCUCUUGCUUAUGAUUGAUGCCUCUUUACCCAACCCGUUUUUUCGUCGGGACGAGCAAGGCAAUGUAAAGGCUGAUAUACCUGGCUGGACGAAUGAAAAUGAAUCGCUCGAAUUUCUGGCUUCAAUAGAUGAUGAUUCUGAUAUAGAGUUAGAUGAAAUCAUGAACGAAGAACAAAAUGUUGACGCUGAAAAUAUAGAAGAAGUAAAUAGAAUGAGUGAUGUUCGAAGGGAAGUUACUUAUGAGAUUUUCGUGAAUCUUGUGUGGCCAAAAAUAAAUAAGGGUAUGGACCAUUAUCACCCAUCUCUUAUAUGGAUGGAAAUUAUAUCCUUCAUAAAGGGAUCUUUUGAGGCUCUCUCUGCUAAACAGGGACAUCUCAGUAAGAGUGACUAUUUUGAACAAGGCAAGAAAAAAGCCCCGAACUUUACAGGAGAACGAGAGACAGUUUAUGAAAUAUUUUUGAGAUACAGACAUUAUCUGAAGCAGCAUUUUAUGUUUGAUGAGACAGAUGUAGUGAGGCAUAUUUUCAAAAGAAUGAAUAGAGUCGAUAGAGAUUUGUGGAAUAUUCAACAAAUAUACGUCGACGAAACCCAGGAUUUCACUCAAGCAGAACUAUAUUUGCUGUUGAACUUGUGUCGCAAUCCGAAUGAUAUAUUUUUGACCGGAGAUACAGCUCAAGGUAUCAUGAGGGGAAUAUGCUUUCGAUUUGAAGAUCUUUGCUCCCUCUUUUACCAUGCCAAGAAUUCAAGAAAAGAUUUUGAAAAGGUUCUCAUUCCUAAAAAGGUUCAUCAACUUACUCACAAUUAUCGUUCUCACAAUGGGAUACUUAGUCUAGCGUCUAGCAUUUUGGACAUUCUGGCGAAAUAUUAUCCAGAUUCUUUUGAUAUUCUAGAAAAGGACAAGGGAUUAUUUCAAGGACCUGCUCCCAUUCUUCUAGAAUCUUGCAGUAUCCAGGAUGUAGCUACGAUGCUAGCAACAGGAAAGAAACAAUCAACAUCAAACAUUGAGUUUGGUGCUCAUCAGGCGAUCUUAGUGGUGAAUGACGAAUCCAGGGAUUCUUUACCCGAGGAAUUGCAGCAUGGAAUCGUACUAACGAUAUACGAAGCAAAAGGUCUAGAAUUCGACGACAUUCUUUUAUACAACUUCUUUAAAGAUUCACAGGCUGGUAAGGAAUGGAGAGUUGUGACCAGUUUUUUGGAUGAACUAUUAUCUGAAGAGAAUGAACAAAUAUCUGAAGAUGAAACUGAAAGCUUUGUUGAAAUAGACUAUGAUGGUACGUUUACUCCCGUUUAUUAA